AAAAAAAUGGGCGAAGACUUCAUUCCUGAGCCGGAGCGUCUGUUGACGUUUGUGAGGAAACUUAAAGAAGUGUUUGACGUGUGUGACGAGGACUCAGACGGGUUUAUUCGCCCUGAACAUUUGGUGCAGUUGGGUUCUCAGUUUGGACAAGCAGAACAGGUGAAGAAGUUGGCCAAAUGUCUGGAUGCAGACUCUCAUGGGAGGAUCAACUUCAAAGACUUCUGCCGUGGUGUCCUCACCAUGAAAGGUUAUGUUGGGAUCCUUAAAAAGAAAAGUGGGGCACGGUUCAUCACAGGGCCAUAUGAGACAGCAAAGAGUUGCUCUCGGAGUGGUGAGGAGGAGCGGCUUUGUCCGGUCAUCAUGUGCACGCGGGCCUAUUCUGACCCCGUCCCUGAGUGCCAGCUGUUCCCGGGAGAGGUGGAGGAGCCUGAGGAGGAGGUGGCAGACGAGGGCAGGGAGAGGGAGUCAGACAGAGACAGCGCAGUAGAAAGCACCCAAGGUUCAGACACCUCUGACGGGCUGAUCAGACCUGGAGACAAGGAAGACUCACUGGGGGAUCUCUUUUUCCCUGGGGAAAAGUGUGGUCAGACCAGCGUCUCAGUAACCUCUGACCUAUCGACACGUUCCUCGGCUUCCCUGAACGAGGAGCAGUUUGAGGACUACGGAGAAGGGGAGGAACCGGACUACACUCCCAGCAGCCCCUGCCCAGAGGACGAGAAUCGGAACAACGGGUACUCGGACCUCGGCUCAUCUGUUCCCUCUAGUGCGGGCCAAACUCCUCAUAAGGUGCGUCAGCAGUACACCGGUGAACUGAUGGAUGUCUACUGUUCUCAGUGCAGCAAAAAGGUCAACCUGCUAAAUGACCUGGAGGUUCGCCUCAAAAACCUCAAGGCUAACAGCCCCAACAGGAAAAUCUCCAGCACUGCUUUCGGAAGGCAGCUGCUUCACAACAGCAACUUGAGCAGCAGUAACGGCAGCACGGAAGACCUUUUCCGAGACAGCAUCGACUCCUGUGACAUCGACAUCAAUGAGAAGGUGAGUUCUCUGGAGAAGAAAGUGGCAGAACUGGAAAAUGAGAUUCUGAUGAACGGUGAACUCAAGUCCAGGCUGAAGCAGGAGAACACACAACUAGUACACAGGGUUCAUGAGCUGGAGGAGCAGCUGAAAGACCAGGAGACGCGAGCAGAACAAAAUCUGCAGGAGGAGCUGAGACGACAUCGAGAGGCCUACAGCAAGAUGGAGAGAGACAAGAACACACAGAUAGAGCUGCUGACCAACCGAGUCAAGCAGUUGGAGGAGGACAACAGCGAGAUGAGUCUCAGCAUGUGCCGGCUCAAAUCACAGACAGAGAAGCUGGAUGAGGAGAAGCAAAGAAUGACAGACAAGCUGGAAGACACCAGUUUGCGCCUGAAGGACGAGAUGGACCUCUACAGGAAAAUGAUGGACAAACUGCGUCAGAACAGACAACAGUUCCAGAAAGAAAAGGAAGCCAUGCAGGAGCUGAUAGAGGACCUGCGGCGAGAACUGGAGCACUUGCAAGUUUUCAAGCUGGAGGCAGAGAGGCCGGGCCGCAGUCGCAGCUCUUCCUCCGGGCUGGCAGACUUCAACAGCAGGAGCAGGGAGGUGGAGCUGGAGCACGAGGUCAAGAGGCUCAAACAGGAGAAUCAGAAGCUGAAGGAGCAGAACGAUGAGCUUAACGGUCAGAUCCUCAGCCUCAGUCUAUACGAAGCGAAGAACCUGUUCGCCACGCAGACCAAGGCCCAGUCUCUAGCCGCUGAGAUAGAAAACGCCUCCAGAGACCAGUUAAUGGAGGCCCUGAAGGAGCAGGAAGAAAUCAACAUCCGUCUGCGACAGUACAUGGACAAAAUCAUCCUGUCCAUCCUGGACCACAACCCCUCCAUCCUGGAGAUCAAGGGCAACUAGCAGCGACUCAACUGGAGUGAGAAUCGUUCCCGGUCUCAGGAGAGCGAGGAUCAUUCCAGUUGUUUGAUCGAGACCUGCAACCUGAGUCAGGAAUCUGUACAGGAGAACCGAGAGAACCAGAGCCAGGCUUAAAACUGGAACAUAGAAAUAGGCAGACAUCGCCCCCUGCUGUUUGAGGCGGGAAAAGAAAGGGAGUUUUCUCAGCCAGGGAUGGCUCUGUGGCUGCAGGUCAGACUACUGUGACUCUGCCACUUGAUCUGCUUUGCUCUGUUUUUUAUUUGCUGUCUGCGCUGCGAACUGCAGUUACUGUUACAACUUUGAUAUCAUGACAAACAGGUGAUUUCUUCCGGGGAACAUCCUGCGCUCAACACUUUGUCCACUGAGGAUGGACAAAGUUGCUCCAUGUUGUACACUGGACAUUUGUACCCUGGCAUAUAAACUGGAACAAUGUAACAAACAUGACGUGGGUUCUACUGUAUGCUGGUGUUACGUUAGCUGUAUUAUCCACAUCAAAACAGUUUGGUAAGUUUUAGGGAAAAAUGGUGAGACAGACAAAGAAUUCAGCAUGAAGGCAGACCAGUCAAGUGUUGCCUGAUCUGUAAACUGCCAUUAUUUCCUCCUCUGUCACGUUCUCUGAAAGAUUGACGACAUAUUUGGACAGGCACGUUUUAAGAGAGGAUAGAGAAAAGUGUCUAAAGUGGUCGGAGAAAGAAAACAAUAAGAACUCCUACAACUACAAGGGAAGCAGAAGAUUUUGAAAGAGGUGUGGCGUCAGAUGAUGGACCAUGUAUGCAAGCGAAGGAGGGUUUUAGUGAAGUCGGAGAUGGUUUUAAUUGAAGGUGAAUUCCUGAGAACAUGUCUUCCAGUAACCUUGCAACAGCACUGGCAAUGUCAAUCAGUCCACUGAGAAGUGGCCCUUAGGGACUGUACUUUAUUUAUCAGAGUAGGGGGGUGGAUGGGGUGUGACUUCUUUUUUUUCUACUUGAGGAAAAUGCAUAAUAAUAAUAUCUACAUAUUGCACCUUUGAAACACAGUUUACAGAGUGCUUUGACAAACAAAGCAAAGCCGAGAUAAUAAACCCCAGAGUUAAUAAAACAGUUCAGCUACAUCAGUAAUGCCGAACAAAGGCCAAGACAGCAGUCACGGCAGAAUUAAACAGGAGGUUAGAGGUGGAAACAUGUUAGAAAAAUAAAGCAACAAAAUAAAAGCAGUAGACACAGAACAUUAAUAAUAAUGAUAAUAACAAGCAGGAUCCAGACAGAAUUAAAAGACAAGUUAAAAAAAUAGAUAAGAUAAAAUUAAAAUACAAACUAACAACAAAUUAAAAGACAUGCAUGACCUUCCCUUCACCAUAAAUAACAAUAUUUCACAGAUUCUUGUUAUGAUAAAUGAUGUUAUUUGGAAGAAUACAUGUCUUUCAAACUCACAUGCAGGUUUUAGUGUCCUAAAGGGUAUUUAAAAGUAAUUUCAAGUUAAAUAUCCUUCCCUUAGUUAAAAAAAAAACAAACUCCCUCCCUAAGAAACUACUUGAAGUGCCUCCCCGUUUUGCACCACCCCCUCCCCUCUCAUAAAUAAAGAACGGUCCCUUAGUUGGUUCAGAGUGUCACUUUAUGGAGCAGAAGCUGCAACCAAGGAGUGUCUUUAAACUGUAACUUCCAUGGCUGCUUUUUGCGAGCAAUGCGUUGGCCUGUGAAGGUACGUUGUUGCUGGCAAUAGACCCGAUGAUGUUGCACAGAAAUGUAAGGAUAUGAAUGUACAGGGUGUGUUGAGGAUUUACGCUGGAGUGACUGGUAGCCAUUGUAACAUGGUUUACUGAAUCAUCUCGCUGAGAUUAACUUGUGCGUGAGCACGCACAGGAGAUUCACUUUUUGGUACAAAACAACUGGAUGAAUCUAAAUGAAGCCUACAGAUUGUUUUUAAAGCCCUCUGAAACUCUAAUACUGUAAAUAUCAUGAAUGUACAACUGGAUAUUUCAUUCUCUGGGGCCAAAAAGGCUUUUUGACUAAUUGGUUAAAAGAUUUGUUGUAACAGACAUGUACAGUAUUCUGUAAUGAAGAGGGCGUCGUUAGGGUGAAAGGAAACGAAUACAAUCUGCUGUAUUAUGUAAUUAUUCUAAACUUGAGUUUUGCUUCCUUGCACAAAAAAAACAAACUUUUUGUUUCCUUUUGCAUGAUUCACCUUUUCUUCUGUCUGUGCCUUUUGAGGACAUUUUUCGAGACGAUGUUGCUAUAGAUUUACAUAGUUUUUUGAAGGUACAUUCUAUGUCUACGUCUGACAUAUUUUCUCGACUUGUAAAUGUUGUAAUUAAAUAGUGAUAAUUUGUAUUCACGUGCCACUCACCACUCUUUUUCAGAUUGAUACUAUGAAAACUAUUUUAUACAGUUUUAUCAAGGGAAGAACUUGCUUAGCUGUCACGUUAGAAAAGCUGUAGAGCACAAUGCUUUGUAUGGUACGCAAGCCAGUUUAGCAUUUUGGGGAUAUUUUGUCAAUGUAAUAAUUUUUUUAUUGCACGGGGGGAUGUUUUGUUUCAUUUCUCUUUUUUUUUUGUUAGUCAUGAUUAGUCCAUUGCUUUUCAAUCUGCUUUAAAAUGGCUUUUUCCAUGGUUGUAAACUGUCUUCCUAACUUAAACUAAAUGGUGAGCAUUAUGAGCAAUAUUAACUUAUUUACCAAUACCUGCUGAUUUGUGUCUUGUUUUGCUUCACAAAUCAUUUCACUCUAUAGCGCCUCGUGCCAUUCUAGUUUUAAAAAAAUAAAAAAUAAAUAAACGGUACAUUAAGCUGUAAAAUUUGUCACAAACCCAUUUUCUUGUAGCUCCUAAAUUUUGAAUUAUUAGGGCUAUCCAAUGCGAUGUAGUCACUGUAAAAUAAAACAGCAAUAAAAAUGGCUUUGGCAGUGA